AUGUUAUUUACUAAAGAGAUGUUUGCUGCACAAUCACCAAUUUCGAGUCAAUGUUCAGGCGAUAAAUUUGAACCAGAAAAACAAUCGUGGUCAGUUAUCGACUGUGAUUGGAGGAAGUCCGGUUGUCAACAGCAACCGUUUUCAGAUGAGGCCAAACUAUAUUCACGUGCUGAUAUUCUUCAAACUGUAAACAAUACAAGAGGGUACACUCACUCAGGUUAUUUUCAAGACCGAUCUAUUUCAAAACUUUUCCUGAAUGAUCAAGAGGAAUCCAUCUUCCGAGGAGACUUGAUAACGUUAUUACGAUCACUGGCAACACCACAAUACUGUGGUGUCAGUCCAUCCAACAGUUUCACAUCUGGUCAAGUCAAUAUCCUUCAUCAACAGCAACAAGUGGAAGCGCAGAGCUUGACAAAUGGAAUGUUUCCGUUUCCAACUGUUCCGGUUUCAAAUAAAUUAUCAGAAAAACUCAAUGGUUCCAGUUUCAACUUUUCAACUUCUAUGGAUCAUUCCACUCUCUUGCCAACAACUCCCCCGAGAAUGUUAUCACGAGUAGCUGAUAUUGCUGAUUGGUUAGUGGUUGAUAGUACGACAAAACGGGAACGACGCCCGCUUCUGCACGAGUUUCUCCGUCGAUUGUUAAACAAUCCAGAAUAUCAUCAUUUGGCAACUUAUGUGGUUCCUAAAGAAGGCAUAUUUAAACUGCACAAACCAGAUGAUGUUGCUGAUUUGUGGCAAUAUAUCAAAGGAAGAAAGAGCAAAAAGAGAAUGACCUAUGAUACUUUCUCUAGAGGAAUCCGCUACUAUUAUCGAAAAGGAGUAAUGAAGGUGAAUCCAGGCCAACAUACAUUUCGUUUUGGACCUCAAUUACGUUUCAGCGAAUUAUGGAGACCAUGGACACACUGA